AUGAUUGUGAAGCUUCUGGAUGAGAAGGUGGUGUUACAAAGCCUGGAGUUGAUCCCCAGGACCAGCAUUCUGAAAGGGGUCAUCCACGUCCUCAACAUCUCCUUCACUAAAGCGGUUUAUGUUCGCACCUCUUUGGACGACUGGCUGAGCCACUUUGACCUGUUGUCAGAGUUUGUCCCAGGAUCUAGUGACGGCCACUCGGACACUUUCUCCUUCAGACUGACGUUGGGGCCUCCGUUCGCAGAGCAGGGGGCUAAAGUGCACUUCUGUCUGCGAUACGAGACUCAGAACGGGACAUUUUGGGCCAAGAACGGCGGGAAGAACUAUGUGCUGUUUUGUCAUGAGCGGAAAAAAAGGCCCGACAUGUAA